CCAGGUAAACAAUAUUAACUCUUGGUCGCGUGCGGACUGUCGCACAAAAAAGCGCGAGGAGACCGACUGACCUCGAAAAGACUUUUUAUCAGUUUAUUGAAUGAACUUCAGAGGUGCCUUAAUCUGGAGGGGCCGUCUUUAGCCAUGAGCGAGCACUCGCUUUCUGCAGCCUUUCACGGUCGUCUGAAGGCGCUGGGCCUUACCGAAUUCCCGUGUGGCAUCGGAACCUGGAACAAGUCACAUUUUGAGUCAGGGGGAAGUAAGAAGAAGAGCAACCCCGACUGGGAAGAGAAGGACGAGAAGGAGCUGCUACCCAACACCCUGACCGAGCUGUUGAGGACGGCGCAGUCCCCGUGGCACCACAAGGAUGACUGGAGCUUGGAGGAGAGGCAGCUCAAGGAGCUGGCAGUGCACAGUCCAGAAGCCAUUGAAGACAGCUUUGUGUUCUCCUACUUCAGGUCACUGCGUUUUGUGGAUAAAGGCGUGACCAUUGUGGAUGAAGGUUUGCUGAAGUUCUGCAAGCUGGAGGAGCUCACGCUGAGUGUAAACUACAUCAGCGAAGUCAACGCUGCUCAUCUGCCGAGGUCCCUGAAGGUCCUCGAGUUGUGUGCCAACCAUAUCACCAGCCUUGAAGCUCUGUGCCAGGGCCCUCCAGCUUUGUUCCAUCUGGGCCUGGGAUACAACCGACUCUCUUCUCCCAGCGAGUACAGCUACCUGACGUCUUCCUACUGGCCUAACCUUCUGUCUCUUGACCUGAGCUUCAAUGACUUGGACUGCCUGCCAGCACUCGUAUCGUCCCUUCGGACCGUAGGGCAGCUGAGGUGUCUGGUCCUGCAGGGAAACCCCGUGGCGCUCUGUGCCUGCUACCGUGGAUUCCUCGUGGACAGCCUGCCGAACCUGACCGCUCUUGAUGACAUCCGGAUCACGCCAGAGGAGAGGAACCGUUUCGCGGGGCUCAUCAAAAGAGAAGAUCUGCCCUUGGCUGAAGCAGUAAUGAUCAUCAAAAUGGGGAGCAUUAAAGGCCUGCCCAACCCAGUGUGCCAGCCAGAUGCCGACAGUGCCAGCGCCUUUCCAUUGGUGAGCUUCAGCUACAGAGUCACCUAUGAGCUCCUCUGCAGUCGUCCACCACCGUCCAGGUGUGAGCAGAAGACCGACGAGUCACACGAUGGCACGGCCCUUGACACCAGUAAGAUGGCAGAAGUGGCAACCGUUCAAGCAGAGAACACAGUGGCAAUGGUUGAGAAGAACGGAAAAGACGCCGAGCGGCAAACAGAUUCUGAGGAGAAUGGAAAAGGACGUGAACAUCAAGUAGGGAUUGAGAAGAACCAAAAAAGUCCUGAACAGGAACGGGACACUGAAAAGAAUGGGAAAGGCCCUGUGCAUGGAGGCCCUUCUCCUGUCCCAGUGGACGUUCAUAUUACCGAAGCUCUGCAAUGGGCAACUGUAAUGGACACCAACUACAGGAGGGAGCACGUCAUACAAGACCUUGCUGCUCUAAAGAAGUUCUUCUCUGGAAGCCUUCAGGUGUCACUCGUGGAGGAAAAGGUCCUCGCCUGGCCUGUUUCUCCUUCUGCUGCCGAGACCGCACCCUUGAAGUCAUCAUCUGCCAAGAAGGGAGGUGACAGGGACAAGUCUGCAAAGGGCAAACAAAAGGACAAAAAGAAAGAGCCCCCCUUACAACUUCGCUACGACCCUCCCAUCCUGCAGACCCUGGGCUCAGUCACCAUCAAGUUGGACAGUUUUCUGACGGGUGAGCAACACCUCGAUGUCAUCUGUGACAUGGGCAUCCUGAUGAGUGAGCCACCCGUGGAGCCGCCAGCCGUGAAGGACAUCAAGCAGGAAGGAAAGAAAGUGAAGGAAGAGAAGAAAAAGGAUGACAAAAAGACCCCAAAGGCUGGACGGGGUAGUCCUGGGAGUUCAAAGAGCACAGGCUCAGCUAAGACAAAGGGAAAGGCAAAGGAGAGCAGUAUGCCAGAGCUGAAAGAAGAGUCGCUUGCCAGUUCACCUGUUCCUCUCAGCGUGCCAUUUCACAUGCAGCUCUUCCAGUGGCAGACAGCAGCAGAUGUGGAGUCUGGAAAAAUAUGAAGGGGGCACCACAGCUUACACAAAGCAGCUUUGCCUUUCUCUGUGUAUAUCCUAGCACCACAUCUGGAUGGGCACUGGGUACAGGCACACACAACUGGAAUCCAGACAUGCAAAUCCUUGGCACAUGAGAGGAAUGUAGAAGAGCAAGAGAAAGGUCCACACACAUUGCCCUGGACCAGAAGUUGAUCCUGGUGCACCAGAGGUAGGAGUGCUAAACAUUGUGCCACCCUGAAUUCCCGGGGCAUCAUUUGUUAAUCUGAAACAGAAAGAAAUGCAUUGGCAGGCACAGUGUUUAACACUGCCACCCUCAGCCAUCUAGACCAUGGCUCCUGGAUUCAGGUCUCUGAUGUGUCAUGUUUUCAUGUUCUCCCAGUAUCUCUGUGGGUUUCCUCUUGUUUACUCCCACAGUAAGCUGGCAUGCAGUUUAGGUUCACUGGGACUUACAGGUGGGUCUUUCUGCCAGUUCCUUGUCUCCAAUACAGUGGCCCCACCAAAGCUGCCCACUCCCUGGGACUCAGCAAUGAAACUUGGGGUGCAGGGUGUUGCGUAUGGAGCAGUUUAACAUGGCAUAAAAAAGCCCUCCAUAUGCGGGCAGGCAGCUCCUGUUGGCACGAGGCUGUCUGAGUUGUCCCGAGGCUUUAUGUUUAUUUAUAAAGUGCUUUUCACACAGGUGACUCAGCUCAGUGAAGGCGCUCAGCCACAAAUGACUGCGGAACAUACAUGUCACAUCCGGGCUGGGGUGUGCCAUGAUGGGGGACAGUGUCACCUUCAAAUUGUGUCAAGGCUGAUUUUGUGGAGGUGGACACUGGUGAGAAGUUGCUAUUCCUGUAAAUGUCUGACUUGUUAAUAAAAAGAUCAAGCGAUUUGAGGGGGUCUGGAAUGUCAUGUGAAAGAAGAGUGUAUACAGUGUAUGAGAUGAAAGGCACUAUACAAUGGACAGCAAGUUGAUGGAAAAACCGUCUACAAUAGGAAGAUCCAUAGGGAGAUAGGAAAGUCGCUGUAUAACAGGCAGGCAUGAAAGUCAGCAGUCAAGGGAAAGACAUAGAGUUCACCAAAGUCACUGCUGAAAAGACAAACAGACAGACAGGCAUGAAAGGCGCUAUACAAAAGGUAAAUAGAGAGCUCAUGAGAGGCACCAGUGAAUCAAUGGACAAUCACAAAAGGUUCUGCAUAACAAUCGACAUGAAUGAAAGGCGCUAUACAGUAGCUAGAUAGGCGGACAUCAAAGGCACUAUACAAGAGAUAGUUCAUGGGAGACUUGAAAGGCACCAUAUAAUGGAUAGACAAAUGUGAAAGCUAUAUACGCAGUAAUGAUAAAUAGAUGGGACCCUAUUGCUGCUCUCGACGUGACACAGGCUCAGUACUUACU